UUAGCGCCUGGACCGACCGACUUCAGUUCAGUCAGUGUUUACUGUGAGGCCGAAGUGAUACGUGUGACGGCCGAAGUGCUGGUGCGUGUUCCGUAUACGUACGAACUCUCGACUUGGAUUUAUACACAUAUAUUUAAAGAAAAUAGUUAGAUAUCUAUUUAUUAUCGUAAUUGCCUUUUAUGUGGUGUGUUUUAUUUACCAAAAACGAUUGGAAGUGACGCGAUAUUUGGAUCAUUAUACUUUGGCAUCAUAAAAUAUUACUUCUUAAAUCGAACGGGAUUACAAGGCACUGGUUCUGGAGGUCACGUGACUUUGACCACCAUGGCUGAAACGACAGGCUGACCUCUGCGCCAGGAGGUCAAGGAGGGAGAAAGGAGGCGCUUGCGGAAUCCAUAGCCGAAUCAUGACUGAGCAAAACACGGUGUUGCAGUUCCUUGCUGACGUCAUUCACAAGCAGUUCCGAAGUGGUGCGAAGAUGGAUGGGGGGGAAUAAGGGCCCAGUCGGCACUCCCCCUCCCCCGCCGGAUUGUUUGUCCUAACUUCGUAACCUCUUUAAGCUUAAGGAGGGCAUCCCUCGCUCCUGUAGGGACCGCCAUGCCCUCUUCUAGUCGAGAGAAGAGCCCCAGGGUCUCCAAGGUCUUUGCUAAGAUUUCCAGCGACUCCAAACUACAGCGAAAUCCCGAAGAAGAGCAGAAGGACGAGUCGAAGGAUGGUUCGUCAGCGUCGUCCAUGAAAUCCCCCGAAGGAAAGGAUGCUGCAGAAAGUGUCAAGCCUAAGAAGACCAAGAGGAGUAUACUCCCUUACUUCCGGAGCCAUAAGAAUGGGAAGAAAGGCGAGAAAGAAAAGGAAAAACUGAAGAAGGAGAAGGGAGGAGACAAGGAUAGUAAUGGAAAAGAUGCCCCUUCUUCAGCAUCUCCAAACAAGGAAACAGACGCUCAAUUACCCCAGGUGGCAGAGGCCCCAGAGGCCGAAGCCCCGGAAUUGGUUACCAAAGAUGCAGAUGUGCUAUCUCCCAAAGAACUUGCUGAAAGUGAAUGUGUUUCCACGAGUGAUGUUACCGAGGUUACCGAUUGCAUAUCACAAAUCUCAACAGAUUUCUCUGAAAGAGCCUCAGAACCCUUUCAAGGAAUUCCUGAAAAUGAAGACUUAGACUUCAGACCUUAUUCAGCUCUUCACACCUCGCAAACACCUAUAUAUGAAACGCCAAUAAGGAUGCCACAGAAUUAUCAAAAAUCCUUUCUUCACAAUCGCUAUGGCUCAAAUAGUUCUGUGGAAACCUUGCCAGGUCGCUUCGACCGUAUACCUUCAGGUUCAUCUUCGAUAUCUUCCAUCUCAUCAUUUUCAACACUAGCUGCCCUUCGUUCCCGAACCCUGGAACCAGUAUCACGCAGAACGCAAGACCCUUUAGGGUCACAGAUGCCCAUAACUUACACUAGAUGUAGCACCUUGGACACUGUCAGGGCUAGGUUUCAAAAUAAUGUCACUAAUUUAACGUAUGAAGGAGUUGAUUUCUCAAGUGGACCACAAAGCCUGAAUACUAGCAAUAGUACAUGGAGUCUUGGUAGUAAAGGAUUUACUUCUCCCUUUUCAAAAUUUAGCUUGAAUAGUUCAGAGAGUUCAAAAGCUUCAUCAAAAGAAAAGGAGAAAAAAUCCAAAGGUACAGCAGAAUCUAAAGUCACUGCAAAGUCUGGAGUUAAGAAAAUUCUUUUGAACAAUCGACUGAAAGAAGAGACUAUCUCAGAAACAAGCCCAGAAAGGAAGCCAUUGAUAGCAGAGUUGCCAUUGGAAAGUAAACUGAAGGUGGAACCAGUCAAGAGCAAUCAAGACUCAAUUACUAUUAUAUCCAACAAAAAUGUGAGAGCAAAACUAAAUAUCACUGUGGUCAAGACUCCUGAACUGACUAGAAAAAAUUUAGGCUCCUUCAGAUUCGCCCGCACUGGAAUAAGGUCAUCCGUACGUUCGUCGCAGAAGAAACGGAAGCAUACCAGAAGUCCUCCAUCAUCAUCACCCCCACCUUCACUAACACCAACUUCACCCACUUCAGUCCGUUUGAAACCAGGGUUAAAAACAAUUGAUGGUAAAAUCAUACCAGAAUAUGCUAAGGUAAACAAAAGAAAAAACUCAAAACCAGAUAUUGUAGACGAAGAUAGUGGAGAGAAAGUACUGCCCUUGCUAACACACACCCAUGAAUCCCCAGCUGAAAAGGCCCCAGUUGUAAAGAAAAUUGAGGCAGCUGCCCACAAGGGGCGCAAAGACUUGGAGCCCUCUGUAAAAGUCAAUCCUGUGAAGAGAGCCGAGAGUUUUAAAGGGCCAUCACGAGUAUGUCGAAGGAGCAGCUUUACCUAUGCAACGCGAGCUAAGGUUUUCAAAGAAGGUUUGGAUCCAGACAGUUUUGUAAAAAGUCAGGCAAUAAAACUCAGAAGAAAGGACUCUAAGAAUGGAAGGUUUGAUAUGAAAAAUGCUCGGAAAGCAGAGUAUAGGUUGAGUGUCACAAUUAAACCAAGUACUGUUGCAACUCUCACAAAUAAAUUCAACACAAUGAUAUCUCAAAAUCAAGCAGGAAAUCCGAUUGGCAAAGCUGAAUUACCCGUUGGUCAUGUUUCACUUCAUGAAACCAGGGUGACUAGAAGUCCAAAACCAAAUGUCAGGUUCAAAAAUAGAACAAAAAUGGGUCGAAACUACUCAGGGACCAAAGAAAAGUUCAAGGAAGGAGCCUGUUUGAUGGAUGAAAAGAGCAUCAAAGAAGAGAAAAACAGGGAAGAGAAGAGAGGAGAUCUAAGUGUUCCUGGUGCAAGGAAAACUAAUCCCAGGACCUCUAGGUCACCAUCACCGAAGAAAACCGCUGGAAAAAGUGGUACCUGUUUGUUAGAGAAGUUAGGUGACAACAAAACAGACGAGGAAAAAGUCUGUGAGAAAAUCAAGACUGCUCUGUCCUCAGCCAAGUUUAAGGGAGAAACAGAUGAUUCUGAGGAUGAUGUAGUUGAUCAGGAGGCAAAUGGUGAAACAAAGUACAAAGUCAGAGUACCAUCUUCUACCUCCCCUGUCAAUAGCAGUGAUACUGGAGGGGAUACUUCACAGUCUAGCUCUGCUGUUCCAGCAGUUCCUGUAGCAGGUGUGUCCUCAACACCAAGCAAAUCUCCUGCAUCAGAAUCUACAAUACCAAAGAUUAUGAAAUCUCCUGGAAAGCCUCCCAGCAGCAAUCUGAGAGACAUUUUAGCAAAGAUAUCUGAAAGAAACGUCAAUCACUACACCGAAAUUGAUGAGGUUUAUCCUCUUCCUGAAAGGCAUGCAAAGAGCGAUUCAAUGGAUUCUGGCAUAUCAACUGAGGGUGAACUACUUUCGGGUGCAGGAUCAAUUAGCAUUGGAAACACCACUUUAAUCAUAUCAUCUGUUCCUUCUUUCCCAGUCUGUAGCCAGGACCACGAAGACUCGUCACUUGACACAGUCAAAUCGACUGAGACUGCAAAGAGUGAAGAUAGUGCUGUCGCUUUCCAAGAUAUUGUUAGAUCGGAAGAUAUUAUGGAUCAGGCAGAGGAAACUAUUCUUGAUUCUAAUAUGGAUGAAGUUAGUGUUGUGAGUAGUGAGGAAAAGGGAAUUAUAGAUGUGUUAGAAACAGAAGGUAAAGGGGCUGAUGGCAAUACUGAGGGUUCAGAAUCAGAAGAAAAAGCUUUAAAAGAUUCGAGUACUGUAUCUCAGUCUGAGGUCCCUCCUGGAAGCAAAGAUACAGACGAAGUUUCAGAAUGUGCUUCACCUAAGACUGUUCAAGAGAACAUAGUUGUUGAGGAAGAUUUAGAGGAGAAAAUUAUAGAACCUGACACAAGAUCUAUGACCAGCAGUUGUAUGGAUGAUACGCAUUCUGAAGUUAGUUCAGUCUGUUCAGAAGCAAAAUCUAAGAAACCUGCCAAAGGCCAGGAAAGUCGUAUUUACAGUGCCGUAAAAGCUGCCGUUAAGAAUACAGUUAAGAAGACCAAGGAAAAGGAUGCAGAAAGAAAGGAGGAAAAAGAUAAAGAAAAGAGAAAUAGGUCACCAUCAGCUGACAGAGAAAAAUGGUACAGAAGAGGUAGGUCGAAGGAGAGAAGGCAAGAUAAAAAGAAGGAGGAAAAAGAUCAAGAAGGCACAGAGGAACAAGACAAAUGUGAAGAGGAUGUCAGCAAAGGAGACGAGAAAGCUGAAUCCCCCAAGAAAGAGGCAAAGGAGAGAGAAGGGAGAACUUAUGAAAGGUUCACUUUCAAAAAGCUCAGAGAAAAAAGCCAGGAACGUAGAAGAUUCAAAGAAAAGACCAAAGAAGAAGAGGAAAAAAGGAGGGAAGAAGAAAAGAAAAAUGCAGACGAUACUAAGAAAGAUACCAAAAGUAAAAAGAAGGAAGAGAAAUCAAAAGAUGAUUCAACCUAUGGGAAAUUCACGAUAGGGUCGAGAUCCAGAAGCCGAGACCGUAAAAAGAUCAAGGAGAAGCUUCUAGAUCAGCUAUCCAUAGAACCGAUAGACAUCAAAGAUUCUCAAGAAGUUUCUCCAUCGCCAAAGACAGCAGAUUCUCUUAAGCAACAGGAAUCACCCACUGCAGCAGCAGCAGCAGCUUCUGUCAAAGAAAAGGAAAAUUCCACUGGCACUCUUCCGUUUUUGAAUAGAAAUAAAAAUGAAAACCUAGUGUUUACUUUUGACACUGAGAGCAUAUACGACAAACCAUUGACACCAAAAGUGAAUAUGAAGUCUAAAACAUUGCCACCUCCACCAAAGACUCCCAUUCCUUCUCCUCCAUCCUCAGCUACUCCUUUGCCACCUCCCCCAAAUACACCUAUUCCUGAUCCGCCCAUUGAGUCUGAGAAAGAUAGGGAUUCUCUGGAAGCGUCCCUUUUAUCAAAAGAUUCAGACGAUCACUGCAAUGGGGACAGUGACAGCAGUAAUGAAACUGAAAAUAUUUACGAAAAUCUUUAUUCCCCUAACAUGGAGAAGUUGCAUCGCAACCGUGAGAAACUCGAAGGUCGAGGCAUCAAGCCAAACAAUUCAUUCCUGUGGAGUGAUGGAGUGCCCCCAACUCCUGCCAUUACAGAACCACCUAAAACAGAACCCAUUUCAGAAGAAUCAGAAUCAGAAAGGUCUCCGUUCACAAGAUUAAUAGGCGUGAAGACGUAUGGAAAGACCAACAGGUAUGGGAAAAUAUCACCAUCAAGCAAAUCAAAAGAUUCUGGAGCUGAUGGACACAAUUAUGCUGAGCUACAGCCUACCUCAGAAGAUACUCAGACUAUUGCCUAUGAUGAUAUUGGAGCAGUGAGCGCUGUGAGUUACGAUGACAUCAGCGCCCCAUCUUCCUGUGGCUACGAUGAUAUUGGUACCUCAUCCUCGACUGGUUAUGACACCAUAAAACCGCCUUCCGAAGGGUAUGAUCCAGUCAAUCCUCCUCGAUCAGACUCAAGUCAGUACGAUGACUGUGAUGGAGGCAUUGUCACAGCCCAACUAGCUGUUGUGCGAGAAGAUCAAUUGGAUUCCAUUAGUUACAUGUACGACGAGAUUUCUAUGUACAAUGCAUCCCAGAAUUCUCACUCUUAUGAGCCUGUCUACCCUCCUGGUGUGUCUCCUCAAGGUCGACCUGGUGUCAGUAGCAUUGAGGAGGUUCCUGAAACCGAUAGCUCGACACCAGCUCCCACGCCUACUGCUUCGACCAUACCAAAUACCAAAGAGCCCAAGGGUGACUACAACAAUGAGUCAUCAGAUGGCAGUGAAGAUGAGAGUGAGGAUGGAGUGCAUGAAGUAUUUUCUUACAAAUUAACUAGAAUAGGAGGCGGCCUUGAUGCUGCCCCUUCAACAAGCAUUGCUCCAACUACUCCUACAACUCCAAGUACUCCAGGAUCUACUAUGCAUGCUCGGAUAUAUGGGUCAGCCGUACCUCCGCCUCUGAGCUUCUGCCCAGGAGUUGGAUGUGAGGCAAAUCUCUCAGGAGGAGGAGGAGGAGGAGGAGAUCCUGCACCCUCACCCUCCCUUUCACCUACCGAGGGGAAAAGCGAGACCUCGGAUGAGUGGAUGGAUGUCAGCGACACUGAGACGGACACCAGCACUGGGCCUCCUAUCAGCAUCGUCACCCAGAUACCUCUGGUGCGCAUGCGCCAGCGCUCCAAGAGGUACCGCCACCACCGCAACUGGCGGAGGUCCUGGAGCCAGGGCGUGAGGGACGUGGCCGCCCACAUGCAGGCGCACGCCCAUCACCAUCACCACCACCACCACCACCAGUCUCACGCCCACACCAUAGGUCACCACCACGAGCACCAUCACCACCGCUACCAUCAUCACCAUCACCACCAUCAUGGGUCGUCUUCGUCUUCGUCCUCGGCCGCCAGGGGGGAGAGUGGGCGGGACUACUCUUGGCGGGAUGUGUACGUGACGUCGUCGUCGACGAUCGUGCUAGGCCAGUCGGAACCCAACACAUACGAUACAGCCUAUUCGCCAGGCUACUACAACGCGUCGCUCCUCUCGGGGGCCAGUACGAACAGUAGCCUUUACUACGAGAGUGCCAAAAUUAGGAGUAUUUUCUACGAGGGCGAUGACAACGAGGCUCAGGAGAUCAGCCUUUAUGUGGAAGGAGGUGAUUCGGACGACGAAGACAACGCCACUGGCCAUUACGAAGCCAUAUACGAGGUCAUCAGUCCAGCUGAAGACGGCCACCAGUGCGACGAACAGGAUUCAGAUGAUUCGUUCGAAUCAGAUGAUUCGAACGAUGCCUACACCAGGCUCAGACCGCAGUUCCAUGAUGAUGGCUCACAGACAUCCAGAGACCAAGCGGAGUCCCUGAGUUCAGAAGUGUCCACCUCAGAGAAACUGCAGUUGAAGCUGCAGAGUCCUUGCAGCAGCAGCAGCAGGAACAGCAACAGCAGAAUCAGCAACAACAACAACGCAGCAUUACCAAAUUUGCCGAGGCUGCCAACCUGGGCAUGAGGCGCCUCAGAAGGAACUGGUCCCAGACCAAGGACGAAGUGAAGACUGGACUCAGUCGCAUCAAGAAGAAGAGCACGUUCAGUGUCUCUGAUAUGAAAAGUACAGAAAAUUUGGCCUGUGAUUUGACCCCUAAUCUGACUCCUACUAGUGCAGACAACAAGAGAAAGUGGUCCUUUAGGAGUCACUUCAGAAGGAAGUCACUGGCUGGAUCUGUGACCACAGUUGUUAGUCGAGGAGGAGGAGGAGGA